UUUUUAACUUGAAUUAUAUUUUUUCCAGAAUGGAGGCGCCAAAGAUGGCCUAGACAUGAACGUCGCCGCGACAUGGCAGAAAGGAUACACCGGAAAAGGAGUAGUCAUAUCGAUACUGGAUGAUGGUAUCCAAACGAACCAUCCAGAUUUGGCCCAAAAUUACGAUCCUCAAGCCAGUACCGAUAUUAAUGGUAACGACGACGAUCCCAUGCCCCAGGAUAAUGGGGAUAAUAAACACGGGACCCGAUGUGCUGGAGAAGUUGCUGCAGUGGCCUAUAAUAAUUUUUGUGGAAUUGGGGUAGCCUAUAAUGCUAGCAUAGGAGGUGUUCGCAUGCUGGAUGGCGUAGUAAACGAUGCCGUGGAGGCGAGAGCUUUGGGCUUAAAUCCAGAGCAUAUAGAUAUUUAUAGUGCUUCGUGGGGACCAGAAGAUGAUGGAAAAACCGUUGAUGGUCCUGGACCGUUAGCUAGAAGAGCAUUCAUUUAUGGUGUAACAAGUGGACGAAAGGGUAAAGGUUCAAUAUUCGUGUGGGCCUCAGGAAAUGGCGGCAGACAUACAGAUUCCUGUAAUUGCGAUGGUUAUACAAAUAGUAUAUUUACUUUGAGUAUAUCAAGUGCCACUCAAGGAGGAUUCAAGCCCUGGUACUUGGAAGAAUGUUCAUCGACCUUAGCUACAACGUACAGUUCAGGCACACCAGGUCACGACAAAAGUGUGGCUACUGUAGAUAUGGAUGCACGAUUGAGACCUGAUCAUAUUUGCACUGUAGAACAUACUGGUACGUCAGCUUCAGCACCUCUAGCAGCAGGUAUUUGUGCAUUAGCUCUUGAAGCUAACCCAACGCUGACUUGGAGAGAUAUGCAGUAUUUGGUGGUGCUCACUUCAAGAGCUACACCGUUAGAAAAAGAAAAUGGUUGGAUAAUGAAUGGGGUCAAACGGAAAGUUUCGCAUAAGUUUGGUUAUGGAUUAAUGGAUGCCACGGCUUUGGUUAAUUUAGCUGAGAAAUGGACUACAGUUCCACCUCAACAUAUAUGUAAAAGUCAGGAAAUUAUCGAGGAUAAGCAAAUACCAUUUACUUAUGGUGCCAGUCUCGAUUUCUACAUGGACGUGGAAGCUUGUGCCACAACCCUAAACGAAGUACGUUUCCUCGAACACGUUCAGUGCAAAAUUUCUCUCAGAUUCUUCCCCAGAGGAAAUCUACGUAUUCUGCUUACUUCGCCAUCAGGAACCACGUCCACAUUACUAUUCGAAAGGCCUAGAGAUGUAAUCAGUUCCAACUUUGACGACUGGCCUUUCUUGUCAGUACAUUAUUGGGGAGAAAAAGCUGAAGGACGCUGGCACUUGCAAAUCAUCAAUGCUGGUAGCAGACACGUAUCGCAAGUUGGCAUAUUGAAGAAAUGGCAACUAAUAUUUUAUGGUACCAACGUCAAUCCUGUUCGCCUACGUUCACCUAACGGAAUACGAUCUUCGCCAUGGAAAACUCCAUCAAACACCUUUACAUUUCCAACACAACCAGCUGUUACUCCUGUAACUGAUAACUUCUUCGAUCCGUCCGAAGUGUUCAACAAUUUCCCCCAUGUUUAUUCAUUUGCUGGAUCUGACCCUGAGCCCGUGGUGAAUUCUUUGAGUGGCAAAAAUGUCAGACAAAAUAGCGAUAAAGAUUUGGACUUCGAAGAAGAGACUAAGGAAGGCUGCGAUGACCAAUGCGAUGGACAGGGGUGCUUUGGAAAGGGACCUACCAAGUGUAUAGCUUGUAGAUUCAAGAGUAUGGAUAAAACAUGUGUAAGUACUUGUCCUCCAAGAAGUUAUAGUGAACAAGGCGACUGCAAACCAUGCCACGAAGCAUGUGAAACAUGCACAGGACCAGAUCAAAAGAGUUGUUUAGCCUGUGCACCAGGCCAUGUGAGGGUUAUCGAUUUGGAUAUAUGCUUGCAACAAUGUCCUGAAGGAUAUUUUGAAAACUUUUCUGAUAGAACAUGUAUCCCCUGCCAACCAAACUGUGCUGGAUGUCAAGAUCGUCCAGAUCAUUGUACCAGCUGUGACCACCAUCUUUUACUUUACCAGAAUAAAUGUCUAGCUUCUUGUCCUUCUAAUACAUUUGAGACUGAUGAUUACAGAUGUGCGCCUUGUCAUGAAUCCUGCGAAACCUGCAAGGGCUCCAACAGUUCCCAAUGCAUAAGUUGUCCAUCGGGUCGAUUCUGGAACGAAGGACGGUGCGUGGGAGAAUGUCCAGCACAUCACUACGCUGACUAUAACCAGAGAGAAUGCGUAGAGUGUCCUCCAGGAUGUAGUGAAUGCAACGCCACUACGUGUAUAUCUUGUCUUGACGACUGGAAAAUUAAUCUCAAAGGACGAUGCCAGACUCAAGCUAGUGAUAAAUGUGAUGUUGAUCAAUAUUAUGAUAAUGGCAUUUGCAAGCAGUGUCACUCCACUUGCGAUUCCUGCGAUGGUCCUACUGAAAGAGCAUGCCUAGCAUGUGCGAGCCCCUUAAUACUUCAAGGUACCAGAUGUGUUGGUCGAUGUGACGAUGGAUUUUUCCAUGUCAAGGAUAAUCAAAUUUGUGAGCCAUGUUUGCAUAUGUGUGCUAAAUGUGUGGCCAAAAUGAAUUGUACUGAUUGUGUGCAAGGAUUACAGUUGCAAAGUGGAGAAUGUCACACGACAUGUGCCCAAGGAUACUACAGCGAUAAGGGUUUGUGUAUGAGAUGCUACAUGAGCUGUAAAACAUGCAGUGGUCCUGGUCCAGAUCAGUGCGUAAACUGUCCUGACUCUUGGCUACUGUUAAACGGAGAAUGCCGGCCUGAUUGUCCUGCUAAUUAUUAUAAAACUGAGUAUGGAUGCCAAAAAUGUCACUAUUCGUGCGCCAACUGCCCAGAAUGCAAGUUACAAGAAGACAAGAGAAAAAUAAAUGUAGAAGCACUACUUUUAUCAGCUCAGCCUGUGUCCAGUCUACAGUUCGUGAACCCUUUCAAUUUCAUUACAGGCUUGGCAAUUAUAGCUUGCCUUUGCAUAAUAAUCCUUUUCAUAGUAAUAUUUUUAGUAUUACAGAGAUCUAGUGCCCAAGUCAACAGAGGCAACUAUAGUCGAGUUUCAAUUAAAAAACCAAAAGUGACUUGUAACUACAACGUGGUUUCGGUCAGUGACUGCGAAAGUAGCGAUUCGGACAGCUCCGAAGGGCACAAUCUAAUAAAAGCUAAGCCAAGCGAAAGGACGUCCUGCUAAAAUGCACCUACUCAAGUACCACUAAGCAAUUCCUGUAGUGUAAAUACCCUUUUAAAACCCCGCACGACACUGGAAUCCUAAUUAAUUAGAUAUUCGAGUGUUGUUUUUUGUACCUAUGUAUGGAAUCACAAAAACAAAUGUAAUUGUAUCAAGACCUAGGACGUUUUAUGCAGUUUGGAACUGAUAUUGGCCUAAUUUUUAUUCAAUUUUAAGUUUAAUUUUUAAAUGUAUUUUUAUUUGUUCUAGUUUGUAGUAAUUGCUCAUUUUUAGAUGACCAAAGAAUUUAUUCAAAAACCAACAGAGAAAAACUAGUUUCACAUCUAACAGAGAAUAAUGUAACAUGUAGUUCAAUAAAUUUAAGCUGCCUGAAACGUCCGUGAAAUGCUUUAGCAAAUUUUGUGAUAUUAAUUCAAUAUAUGUUACCAUAUUAAUGUUUUAUAUAAAUCAUAUAAAUGAAUGUUUGAUGUUCCGUAAUAUGAAAUAAUAUAACCAAACAAAUUGUGGAAAUACUAAUAUACAAAUACCGAAACUGAGCUAAGAUACAUCUAUACAAUGUAAAUAUAAUAUCAAGUUGAACCAAAAAAAAAAAAUAAUAAUACUUACCUACUUGAAUGAAAAUUAAAAACCUGUAACAUAAUGUUCAUAUUGUAUAACCAGGUAUAUUUGGUAUAUGCAGGGUCCUUAGUUAUUUUUUUAAAACAUCGUUAAGUGAAAGUAAAUUAUCUGAAUAUUAUUGAGGUGCAUAGUGGAGGUCCUAGCAAUGGCUCUACUUUGUUUAUAGAAAUAAAAAAAAAUUAAAAUUUAGGAAAUACUAUUUUUUGAGGACAUAAAUACAAUAUUGUGUGGAAUUUAGAUGCGUGAGACUGGAAUAUCAUUAAAAUUUAAAUAAAUUUUUGAGUUACGCAAACAUAUUCUGAUAUGAUCAUAUUCUAGUUUUAGGGGUUGAAGCCUAUCAGCAAUCUAAACUUAAACUGAAGGGCGAUUAUUUGAAAACAUACAAUAAUUUUAGAUCCAAACAAUGCUUCUUCAAAAAUAAUAGAAAGCAUCUAGACAAUAUUCAUAGGCGAACAAAUUUAUGAUUUUGUCUUAAAAGAGCCACAGUCUCCAAAGUUUAAAAUGGGGGAUUGGCACUAAGUAUGAUUGUUUAAUAUAGCUUGAAAAACAGUGUUUCGACGCUGAACAAACAAAAAUUGAAUAUAAAAGAUUUGUUUUAAACAUAUUACAAUACUAGCCACAUACAUUUUCAAUAUUAUGUAACAUUGUAUGAAUGUGCAUUAAUAAAAAUAUCCUGUCAUCUUUAUCACACUACAUAUUGAUAUGUGAGAUGCGCCAAAGGAUAAUAAAAUUAUUAUUAUACGAAUGUUUUUACCAUGCGAUAUACUUAAGUGCUCUUUGGUAUUUUGUGUCAUAAAUAUUUUAAAAUGUACACAUUGUAUAUAAUGUAAGUCAUAUUUAGCUAUAUCGACAAUUAUGUUUAGUUUUUAGGAAUUUGGACGGAAAUUUUAUUUUAAAAACGAAACUGAUUUGUGCUUCAUUUUCAAAACAAAUUGUAUUAUUUUACUUCUAGGGUGCAUUUUCCAAUAAGAAAAAUAUUUAGAUUGUUGCAAGGUAAUGAAACUGAAAGUACUAGGUAGCAUUACAAACACACAAAAUGUAAUGAGACUUGAUUUCGAUUUGAAUUUUUCAUAAUAAAAUUAUACAUCUUACAAACAGAGACGGGUAAAAAAUAUCUGAGGUUUCUCAACUUGUACAAGUUGUAAGAAUGUUUUAUUGAAAUAUUUGAAAUUAGGCGCCCUAGAAAAAAUUAAGAUCAAAAAUCGUCGAAUAUUUUAGUAAUUCUAACUCUAUUUUUAUAAAAAUAAAAAAGUUUUAUGUUGAAAUUUUGAGUUUUAUGGAUAUAAAUUGAUAAAUAAAUGUGUCUUUGGAA